AUGAGCCGCGAUCUUGUACAUUUAACUCGGAAACCCCAGUUGUCGCCCGAUUCCGUAGGUUCGGGAUCAGACUCCACUGAAUAUGGACAAGAAGCGACUUUAGAGUCGUCGGGGCCAGCUAGCGGCGAGCUUAUGGUAAUACCCGGAGUGGCCGGAUCGUCCAGUAGUUCAGGACAGACUCCGAAGCUGAAGCCGAAGCCGAAGUCGACAGGUUCUAAUCGCGGCCAUCGUAAACGAACACAUGCUCCCGAAGUCUGGGAAACGCAUAAGGCGGAGAUUGGCCGCCUUUACCUUGACGAGAAUAAACGGCUCAAGGAUGUGAUGGAAAUUAUGGAGAACCGAUGGGGCUUCCGAGCAUCUCAAAAGAUGUACAAGACGAAGCUCACGCAAUGGAAAUUCUUCAAGAAUAAUCGCCAAGCUGACGUAGCAAAUCUCCUUUACUUACAGCGUCACCGUCUGGCUAUCGGCAAAGAAAGUACGUUCCGUAGAAAUGGUAAAUUAAUCGACGUAGAGGCGUAUAUGAGGAGAAGAGGGGUUAGCGCGUUCGAUCUCGUCGAAGUGGCGGACUCGGGCGACUUGCCGCCAACUGUAAGAUGCCGGACACCGCCUUCAAUCCCGAGGCUUCUGGACUCCCCUGGCGACCUCUGUAUUAAGGAGAGAUUCUUCCAAUGGACAUCUCAGAAAUUCAUCAAGCCCCGUCCGAUAGAUACUGACUACUUGAAGAAGUUGGACGCCCAUCAUACGAGCAAUGCCCUCCUUUCCGUCCAGCUAUUGACUCACGGAUGCUGGCUCUUCUCGGAAGGCCGUAAUCAAGAGGGUGGCUGGUUCUGUCGAGGUGCUUUUGCCCUUCUACACCAUAUUCUCGAGACAUCUGCGUCCUUAUCCUUCUUCGAAAUGAUGAUGGCGAUCCAAAGGUAUCCGAACGCAGAGAUCAUGAGGGAGCUUUGGAGCUAUCUCUCGCGGUAUGCUGCCGCUAUUGAUGGGGUAAACCAACCACUACAUCGGGUAUUGGUGUCUUUCGCCAGGUUUUCACAGCAGCACAGUUUAGAACACAAUACCAACGUAUUAGACUGGGCCCUACAGUGGGCCUCGGGUAUCGUCCACAUUGUUCCCGGGAUCUUGUUUAUCGGACUUUUCUUCAUCCCCGAAUCGCCCCGCUGGUUAGCUGCGAAAGGGCGAUUUGAUGAAGCCGAACGGUCCUUAUAUCGAUUACGGCCUGAAGGAUGGUCUGUUUCGCAAGAAUUGACAGAUAUGAAGACGACUCUAGAGGCAGAGGCCAGACUACAGUCGGGCAUCGGAUACAUGGAUCUCGUCAGAAACCCCAUCGACCGCCGCAGGACAACCGUUGCUAUACUUGCUCUCACAAGUCAAGCAGCAUCGGGUGCGAUGUUUGUCAUAUCUUACGGAACUUACUUCUUCGAGAUGGCGAACGUAGGAAACGCUUUCGAGAACUCAUGUAUCCUCACUGGAGUGGGGGUGGCUGCCCUAGGAGCUACCGCCAUAUUAAUUACCAAAUUCGGACGUCGACGACUUAUGAUGAUUUCAGGUUUUAUUUUCUGUGGGAUUUCUCAGCUCAUCAUAGCCAUAGUAUACACAAUCCAUCCCAAUACAGAAAGCUCCGGAAAAGCUCUCGUUGGUAUGAGCGUCCUCUACAUAGUCGCCUACAACUCUAUGGUCGCACCUUAUGCAUGGCUAUCCGGAGGCGAGCUCUCUUCGCAGCGUCUACGUUCGCACACGUUUGGUCUAGCUACAGGCGUCGGGUUCUUCUUUGCUUGGCUUACCACUUUUACAGCGCCGUAUUUCAUUAAUCCCGAUUCGCUAAACUGGGGACCGAAGUAUGGUUAUAUCUGGACUGGUUCUUGUGCCGCUGCCGGAAUCUGGAUCUUCUUCUUCCUGCCCGAAGCGAAGGAUCGCACAUUAGAAGAGAUAGAUGAAAUGUUCGAAGCUCAGGUUCCGGCACGAAAGUUUCGCAAAUAUCGCUGCACGGGAAAGCAUGCAGCCCUUGGUGAGAAGACACAAACGGAAUACAUCGAGGAGAGGGCCGGUCAUGAUAAAUAA